AUGGGCGUCGCUUUCGACAAGUGCGAGACACGACCGGCUAACAUCGAGGCCAUCCUCAGCGGCCUCGACCGGUACAACCCCGAGACCACCACAGUAUUCCAGGACUACGUGGUUCAACAGUGCGAGGACCGGACAUUCGACUGCUACGCCAACCUGGCUCUGCUCAAGCUCUACCAAUUCAACCCUCACCUCCUCCAGCCUGAGACUGUCACCAAUGUCCUCGUCAAGGCCCUUACCGUCUUCCCUUCUCCCGCCUUCUCCCUCUGCCUCGCCCUGCUCCCCGCCUACACUCAGCCUUUCCCCUCUUCCGAAGCCGAGACCGCGGCUGCACAGACAUCCGACUUUGUCGAGUCCGUUCAGAAGCUCGCCCGGCUAUCCUCUCUCCUUGAGUCCGCCCAAUACGCCCAGUUCUGGUCAACGCUGAACAGCGACGACCUCUACGCCGAUCUUGUUGCCGACGUUGCUGGCUUCGAGGAGCUCGUCCGCAUCCGCAUCGCUGUUGAGGUCGGCAAGGCUUUCCGUGAGAUCAACGCCGAGGUCCUCGAGCAAUGGCUCGACGUGCGAAACAGCGAGGCCCUCGAGAAGUUCGUCACCGAGGUUUGCAGCUGGGAGGUUGACAAGUCUGGUUCAACUACUGUUGUCAAGGUUCCCACAAACAAGGAAAACGAGGCGCGCAGUGAGGUCAAGAGCGAGCGUGUCGGUGUUGACAUGUUCGGUCGCGUUAUCCGGAGGGGCUUCGAGCAGGCUGCUUAA